AUGCUCGUGGAAGACGAGGGUCGCUUCCUGGAGUCCGCUAACGCGCGGUUUACCCGCUUCAGCGACCGCUAUCAGAAGCCUGUCGGAGCGGCGAAGUACCGCGACUGGUUGUUCUUGUUAAAGAUUGGCGACUUCGCGUGCGAGCUCCAAGUCAACUUCGAGCUAGCGGUGCAGGUGAAGGAGCAGGAGCAGCACCAUGAGUACGAGCUGCAGCGCCUCGCCACACGCAAACUUCUAGAGUCUGCCAUGAGGAAUGACUAUGGAAUGGUCCACCUCCUGCUGGCCUCCAACGGCCUUCACGGCGAAAGUCUAGUGAACGCCCGAGAUUGUCACGGCUUCACACCGCUCCACUAUGCAGCCAGGCAUGGGAACGCUCUGAUGUUGGAGCUGCUUCUGAAGCGGGGUGCAGAUGUUCUCGCCCUCGACAGAGAAGGACUUCCUCCGCUUCACCAUGCACUGGCCAUGGUGCACCCUGAUGCUUGCCAGAAGCUUUUGAGGGCCAUGGAAGGCCUGCCGAAGGAACGGCUGCGGAAAGAGCCCCUUGCGAGCACUGUGCAAGGCAUGUGGGCAACCGCUUUCCAGACACAAAGCGAUGAAAUUCAUGAGCUCGCGGAGAAGCUUGCGCAGGUAGCCAAGAGUGCCUACAGCACGCCGGGGCAGCACUUGCAGGCCAUCGCACGGAGUGGCGAUGUCUCCGCCAUGAGGGCGGCCUACAAGACCCUGCCGAUGUCCUACGUGAGGCUCGGGUGGGUCAGUAUCCCAUGGGAUCCCGUGCAGUGUGGGUUCGUGAAGAUGCUCGAUCUCGCCAUCCUCAGCGGCUCCGCGGCCAUGGCCGCGAUGGUCGCACAGCCCCACCAGCAUGGCGCACCGAGUCGAAUCCAAGAUCGAGGCGGCGAUUUGGACAUGCACGCAGAGCCCCAACAUGUGGAAAGGCUGGUGAGGCAGGGCAGGGUCGCCCGCUUCCGAGCCCUGCACGCAGUACGCCCACCGGACACCCGAAGAAUGGCGGAACUUUUGGUGGUCGCUGCCGAGCACGACCAGCUGGAGAUGGCACACCAGAUCUGGACGCUUGGUGGAGGCGGCUUAGCCGCUGCCCUGACGGAUGAGGAGAAGGUGAAGCUCGUGGAACUGGGACUACACGCGGCGGCUUUGGGCCACGAGGAUUUCGUGCGCUUGCUGAUCGAGGCCAAGGCGCCAUUGGACAAAGUGAUUGGUACCGGUGAGACCAGGAUGAUCCGCCAAGCAGCUGCCACCGGCCAGACCGCCAUCGUGGAGCUUCUGGCGGAGGCGGGGGCCGAUACUCGGGAUCAAGUUCUCGCCGCCGCUGUUACCAAGGGACACUACGAGACGGCAGCACUCCUUCUGAGGCGAGGCGGAGAUCCCAAGGAAAGCUGGGGUGGAGGGGAGCAACCGGCCUACUCGAUCAUCGGCCAGGCGAUCCUGAAGAAUCGACCCGAGAUGCUCCAGCUGCUCGCGCAGUACGGCGCCGACACGUACACGGACGAGAACUUGGAGUUUGCCGAGGAGCAGCAGGCGUUUGACUGCCUGGAAUUCAUGCGCCGCUCCGGGGAGGCGGCAUGCCCCGCGUAG